AUUCCACUUGGCCAGCAUCACUGGAGUCCGCAGACACAGCGCUGAUUGACCGAGCGGCGGAGACUCGUCCUCAGAGCGGGCUUCAGUGGACUGUCAGAGUGGAGACCACUCCAGCCACGCCUGAGACAGAAACACGUCCACACCGGAGGAGCGUGGCUGCGUGUGAGCCCCGCUGACCCCGACACUGCUCUAGUUUCCCAAGGAUAAAGUGCUUUUAUUCGCAGCUUUUUGGGAGAAAAGCCUGGAGUCGAGCCGCCACUCCGUGCGUAAAAUAAAAGUUCAACACAUCCAGGAGAUUAUUUUGUUGGAAACCUAAGGCUUAAAACUCCUCAAUUCUGCUCUCCGGGAAAUGUAAAGCUCACACUGGACGUUUACCAAAGGAGGAUAUUCAACUUUUGACUAUUUUUUUUCCCCGGACACACCAGCAGAGGCAGCUGGGGCUGAAGGAGAGCGGAGGAAUUCAGUUGGCGGAGCCGGGAGGAGUGCACACACUGGUGGGCAGCAGACGGACUGUACGGACGGCACCUCGGAGACAAGGUUAUGACGGAAGUGAGCUAAACAUGGAGCUUUUUUGGAUUUUGUUAUUUUCUAGUGUCUGCCCUCUCACCUGGAGCCAAGGAGUUUACGCUCCAGCCAGUGCUCAGAUCGUGCACUCAGGCGCAGCAUGUAACGUCAAAGACGACAACAUCAGUGAGAGAAUCUACACCAUCAAAGAGGGAGACACGUUAGUGCUUCAUUGUCUGGUGAAGGGACACCCGCGACCACAGGUACGAUGGACAAAAACAGCAGGAAGUGCCUCGGAGAAAUUCCAAGAAACUUCCAUCUACAACGAGACCCUGCGUAUCAAGGGCAUCCAGAGGGUGCAGGGAGGUCGCUAUUACUGCAAGGCCGACAACGGGGUGGGGGUGGCUGCCAUCAAGUCCAUCCGCGUAGAUGUACAAUGUAAGUGGGCAGGAGGAAGGUGGAAAAAAGAAAGAAAACUUUCCACUUCUAGACCACAACUGACUUUCACAACAGCCGUUCCCACAUUAGAGACGACCAAGAUCAGGAGAGAGAGAUAGAGAGAGGGAGUGAAGGAGAAGAGAUGAAAGACAGAUUGGAUUUGAUGAUGAGAUUGCAGGUGGGAAUGGCUUCCAGGAGUAUCUGAUGACCGACCAUGGAGAUGAUGAAAAGCACAGUUGGGGGAUUAGGAGGGCAGAGGAAAGAUCAAAUAGAAUUCCACUACUAGGGUUGAGAGGGUGCAACACAUUAAAAACUAACACCUAGAUCCUUCUGCACAUUGGUUUUACAGUCCACACCCUUGUUGUGUGUACUCUAGCAAUACAUGCAAUUAGAGGGAGAAAAAAACCAUGGUGGAGAACCAGAUACUCCUGGAAAACAGUGAAGUCUUUGGAAUAUGAUAAAGAUUUAUUUCCUAAUAGUUAAUCCAGGCAGCACGGGCUCACUAACCCACGGUUUCUCAACUAACACACGUCGCCCCAGGUUCAACCGACUAACGUUGUUGUUUUACCAAAUACUGUUGCUGAGUGAUGGGGACAUGACCCAGUUUGAUAGAGGACAUCUGUAUCUGUAUGUCCACAGUAGAGACUCAUUUGUGUCGUGAUGUUCAUGUCACAUCUUCCGACCUCCUGAUCUCGGUCGCCCAAAAAUUAGACGUAUUGGUUCUUUUUCUUGGUCACGCUAAAAAGAGAGAAAAACAACCCCCCCCCCCAAAUCUGCAGCAAUCAAAUUAAAAGCAGUGUCUGCUGACAGCGGCGGAGGAUUAACAAGACAAGAAGGGAAGUGCGAGACUCUGUAACGUCAGAUCUGCUCCAUCACGUUAUUUGUGAUGCUGUACUAAUUGAUUAAAACGUCUGAAUGCCUUGAUAGAAGAGAGGAUUCUGUGUCCUUGUUUCGGGUUCAUUGACCAAUUCUUUAUAAAAAUGCUACAAAGAUGAGAUCCAGUGCAGACCAGCAUAGUGUGAGAUUCUGUGAGAUUAUUAGAUAAAAAAAAAAUUGUAGAUGUUUCAGUUCAUUGAAAUGCACUGUGUAAGACAGAGCAACAUGAGUUCAAAACUCGGCAACAUGUGACGGUUGAGAAACAGUGUUGACUUUUAGGGGCUUCGUGCUGCUGCUUGUUUCACUGCCCUACUGUCUCUGUGGGUCAGGAGUCAGGUCAUGGUCACAGGUCAUGGUCAAAGGUCAUGGUCACAGGUCAUGGUCAGGUCAAUUCACCCGUGCACUUUUAUUUCCUUCUCAGCCCCAUAAAAUGCUUAUUCACCCUUUACAUCCAUCUGGUUCCGCACUUCAUUGAUUCAAUCAUUUAAAUGGUUAGUUUAUAGAGGAGGAGGGGAAAAAAACAUCUCUUAUUUUCUGGAGGCUCUAGAACAACAACAUCCAUCACUUCCCUCUCAUUGGCCAAAUUAGUCCUGUCUAUUUUCUAACUUUUAUAAUGUCUCACGAUACAACCGGUCGAUGCAUUCUUAGCAUCAGAUACCUUACACCGUUGUCCCAGGAUGACAUUAUACAUUAAUGUAGAUAGAGAUGUCUGAUAACACAGGCCGGCCGUUACUAUUGGCCGAUAUCAGCAUAUUUGUGUAAUGUUUUUUUUCCUCUCGUAAUGAAAACGUGAUAAUGCGAUGCUGAGUUUUUGCCCAGAGGAUGUGACGUAAACACGGUUCUGAAGUGAAAGUGAAAUGUUGUCAUUAUGACACAGCAAACGGCUGCAUUUGUCAGUGUCGGAAUCAGAGCCAGAACCCACGGUCAUGUGUGUGAUUCAUAUUUAUAAUGACUAUCUAACAAUUCAAUUAAUCACGUGGCAGAUGUAGAUUAAUCAUGAUUAAUUGAGAUAAAUCCACAUAAUUUUUAAUGAACAAAAAGACAAAUAACAGCAGGUAGAUGUCGGAUGUUUCACUCCUUUAAUUAAUAUCAGAACAAAUCAAGAAAAAUGUACAGAAGUAAAACUUUAUUAAGACUAAGAUUGUGGUCUAAAGAAGAAAUAAAAAAGAAAAAUGUUGUAAAUGUAGGAAAUAUGAACUUUUUUUCAUUAGUUUACAUCAAAGUUUGAUUUAUUUGUGAACAUCCCACACAGUUUUCAGCAUACACAGAACAUAAAUGUCAACUUUAAACU